UUGACCCCGACCUCCUUUUCUCCGUGCGCCGUCGCUGCUUGUCCCUCCGCCGCCGCCUCCUGCCCUCUCCCUGCUCGCUCCUGCCCUCUCCCUGCGCCACCCCUGCCCUCUCCCGCUGCAGCCGCCAUCGCCGUCGCCCCUGCCCUCCCCGCGCCUGCCUCCAGACCAGCGCCGUCCUUCCCUCCCCUGACGUCGCCUCCCUCCGCAUCCGCGCCGUCUUGCCCUUCCCCUGCCUCCGGAGCCUCGCCGUCGCCCCUGCAGUGCACCUGACGCCGGCUGGUUCUCCUGCCUCCGCUUUUGGCAGCUGGGGGACUCGCUGCUCGUGCUCGGCGUGCUCUACUCCAUCACCCAUCCGAGGCCCUGUGAUUUGAGGGGUUCUGGAUGAAGUGACCGUGUGUCGAAAUGGUGAAUUGCUCAUUGCGGGAAUGCAUAUAGUGUCACCGUGUUUCCAGAUUCACGUGCGUCCUUGUGGAGUUUCAAAAUGCAAAUUUUCAGAACCAUUGGAUUGUGCUAAUCAAGGAUCAGUGGAUCACGUCAGAUAUUGUGCUGUGCUUGGGGAAUUAAUAAACUCCACAUGCCUUGAAUGUUAAAUCAUUGAUACUGCUCACUUCGAAACAAAAAGCAACUGAGCAAGCCAUAAUAUUGAAUGUCAUUAUCCCACUGAAAUAACAUAAUUCCUGUAUGUUGUGUUCAUUAAACAAGCUGUAGUUUCUUAUGGUGAAAGAGAUGGGUUGGGGAAUAUCUAGAUUGAUUGGACUGAAGGCUGCUGUCCUGCUUUCUGUGGCAUAUUAUUUCCAUGGACUUGGAGCAACCCUUAUCUCAUUUCCUCUCAUAUAUGCAUCCAUGAUUGCAAUGCUAGUCUCCAUAGCUUCCCAUCCAGCGAUUGAUCUUCCUUUACUCCUUGGCAAGGCAUCCGAUGGAAGCUUUCCUUUGUGGUCAUGGAUCAUGUUCUCGCCAUUUCUUCUUUUCAUCCACAUGUUUGUGCUGCUACGAAGAUUUGUGAAAAAUGAGCCCCUGUACACUGAGAUUGCAGAUGGAGUGUUUGUUGGAGGAUGGCCUUCUUCAGUUGAACACCUGCCACCAUGUGACCCUGCAGUCAUAGAUUGCACAUGCGAGCUGCCAAAAAGCCCGACUCUAUCCAAUAAUGCAUAUCUGUGCGUUGCUACUUGGGAUACAAGGGCUCCUCAGCCAUCACAGAUUGAGUCUGCGGUGCGAUGGGCUAUGAGAAAGCGAUCACAGAACAAGGCUAUCUAUGUCCACUGUGCCUAUGGUCAUGGCAGAAGCGUCUGUGUGAUGUGUGCACUUCUUGUUGCACUAGGAUUGGCUGAAGAUUGGAAAGCUGCUGAGCAAAUGAUUCGUGAGAAACGGCCCUGUAUUAGGAUGAACACUCUUCACCGCAAAAGCUUGGAGGAAUGGUCGAAACAUCUGCUCGCCUCUUCAAAAAGAAGUGGGGAAUCAGAUGUGAGUUCUGUUAUCCAUUCAGAUUAUAACCGAAAAUGAAACUGGAAGAAACAGGAUUGUUCAAUAACUGUGAUAUGUAAGAUGGACUAUACCAUUCUGUAGAUUUGUUUACUGCUUCCUAGUAUGUACAUUGCUCAUUCUCUAAGGUAUCCUUUUCUGGUAUGUAUGUUGUAUGAACUAUAUGUAUAAAUUUACUACUGUUGUUGCACUGCUGGGUUCUAAUUCGCAGGACGAAUCUAAUGAGCCUAAUCAACCCUUGGUUUACUACA